AUGCCAACAACUUUCCCUGACGACGAAGGUGCAGAGGUUGCCGAAUACAGACUUGGCGCAAUUAUCGGCUACGGGGGCUUCAGCAUUAUUCGUCGUGCCACCCCUUUGCUAUCCCCCUCAGCCUCGAGUGCUGGAGUCAGCCACACAGUUGCCGUCAAAAUAGUACGCCGGUCCUCGCUGGACUCUUCCUCGAACCCAUCCCUCGCUCGUACUCGUCUUGACCACGAAUCCAAUAUUUGGUCAUCCCUCUCGCACGAACACAUACUACCCCUCUUUCGCUACCAUUCGACCCCCUAUGCCGACUUCUUCUUCAUGCUCUAUUGCCCAGCUGGUUCCCUUUUUGAUAUCCUACGGAGGGCGCAGGUGGAUGGUCAGGGUAAGAGAAGGGUGCCGCUAGACGACGCGGGCAUGAUGUUCAGGCAGGUCGUGCGGGGCGUGCGGUAUCUGCAUGAAACUGCGGGUCUCGUGCACGGGGACCUGAAACUAGAGAAUGUGAUGGUCGAUGAAAUGGGCGUGUGCAGGAUCGGGGACUUUGGGAUGGCCAGCAAGAUAGGCGAGAUUCGGGAGGACGACGUCGCACUCGGGACGGACCCCUUGUUGGUGCGCAGACAGCGAUCGGUCACGAUGGAAAAAAGCGCCACAGCGGUGCAAGCCAUCCACUCGAGAAGGCAAUCGAACAACUCGAAAUUACCGACCCACCUCUCUUUACUCCGUCAUCAUUCCGGUCCUCGGCAUCGUAACUCGUCUCCUCUACCUUCCAUCCAAGCGUCACCGUAUACCGCCACCGCGCCCACUUCGUCGCAAACACACCAACAAUACGAACUCCCACCUGGCUCGCUCCCAUACGCCGCUCCAGAACUGCUCCACCCUCCGUCACCUUCAAAUCCCUACCGCCCAUAUCCGGCCCAAGACAUCUGGGCCCUGGGCGUGAUGCUUUACGCGUUGUUAGAAGGCCGGCUUCCCUUCCAGGAUAGCUUCGAGCCGAGACUGCAGAUGAAAAUUCUACACGGUACGUGUGUCUUCGAUAUGCCGAAGGAAGUCGGCAAGGGGGCAGAGAAGGUGUUGGUGGGGUGUCUGACAGCGAAUGUAGCAGAUAGGUGGGAUAUUGCCAUGGUAGAUGAGGUGGGAUGGAGCGUGGGAUGG